GAUAGUUUUAAAAAUCUAAAAAAAAUCAGAAAAAAUCGGAAAAAAUUGGAAAAAAUCAGGAAAAAAUUGGGAAUAAAUCUGGGAAGGUGUAACUAGUUACAUACCAUUGUGCAUCUUCAGGGCCUUGGUGAGAUGAGCUAAUUGAAUGAUUGAAUGAAAAAUUUGAAAAAAUGGGAAUUAAUCUGUGAUUAUGAUCACAGAUGAUGAUCAUGAUUAUCCAUAUGUAAUUUCGAUGGCUCUUCUGUCGAAAUAAUACCUCGUGACUACAUUUGACGCUUAAAAAUCUGCGUCAAGCGUCAGUAUGAAAUUGCACCUUAACAUAUUUCCCAACUGUUUUCGAGAGUGAAAACAACCCUAGCCUGUAGAUUGUGACUUUUGAUACUUAUCACGAAUUGCUUGUGGCAAUUAAAUUAGGAACAAUAGUUUGUGUACAAGAGAAAAAUGACAAUAGUAGCAUACAGUUAUGUCAGCAGCUAGUGAAUUUGGGCCCGACUCAGGAGGUCGAGUAAAGGGCCUUGUUAUAAUAAAACCGAUAGUCUAUGGUAAUGUGGCUCGUUACUUUGGUAAAAAGCGGGAGGAAGAUGGUCAUACGCAUCAAUGGACUGUCUACGUCAAGCCAUACAAUAAUGAGGAUAUGUCCACCUAUGUGAAAAAGGUCCAUUUCAAGCUACAUGAAAGCUACAACAAUCCAAACCGAAUUGUUACUAAACCACCUUAUGAGCUGACAGAAACGGGAUGGGGAGAGUUUGAAAUUGUCAUAAAGAUUUAUUUCCACGAUCCUAACGAGCGGCCGGUGACAAUUUACCAUAUACUAAAACUCUUUCAAUCCACGCCGGAAAUACAGUUAGGCAAAAAAAGUUUGGUAUCUGAAUUUUACGAGGAGAUAGUGUUUCAAGAUCCAACUGCCUUGAUGCAGCAUUUAUUGAGCUCAUCCAGACCCAUGACACUUGGCGUUUGGCGUCAUGACAAUGAUUUUGAAGCAAAGAAGCAGUCAACAUUAACAGCGAUUGUUGAUGCAAAAAAUAAAAUUAGAGGCGAAGUGACUGAUCUGAAGGAGAAACUAACAUUGGCAAAAGAAACAAUUGCUAAGUUCAAAGAAGAAAUUGCCAAAAUAUCCAAGACAGAUGGAGGCCUGGGUAUUAGUUGAUGAUAAUUAUUAUAAGACUUACUAACAACUACCCAAUAACUGAUUAUUAUCUCGAUUAAAUAAUAAAUUUGUUUAUUAUACAAACCAUCUCAGUAUCAUUAAGCAACAACAAAAAUAAAGACAUCAAAUUCUUUGUAUAAAAUCUGUAUAUCGUUGUAUAAAAAAUCUUAUAAAAAUUAGGUUAAUACUUUUA